UGCUCGUCCACCAAAAACUCCGUCGGGUCGGAGAAUGAACGCACGUAUCUGACACAUCUCCGAGAUAUCUUACCGUACCCGUAAAGUCCCCAAUAGUUACAUAACCAAAGCCGCACAUGCGCGUUCGUUUCGCCAGGUGCCCAGUUUACUUCGACUCGCAACGAGAGCAACAUGUUUUACCUUACUACGUGGGCAAAUUCCGCCGGAAUGUGCAUAUGCUGAAUCAAAGUAGGGUGUCAUGACUGUCAAACAAAAGACUGUAGUGUCAGUGCUGGAAUCUAGUGUGUUUUGGUGGAAAGAUUUACAGGGGUGAAAGAAUUUGUGUUCACGGAGAGUUUUGCCGUUCAAUUUAAGUGUAGUCACCAAACGAACAACGAAUUAAAAACGAAACGCAACUUAUACAUUCCUGAAUUUAAGCUCAACUGCAACUAACAAAACAAAACACUUAAAAAAAAUAGAAAAUAUUUAGUGCGCGUGUAGCCGUGUAAUGUGUUAAAAAAUUGUGACCAAGAGAUGUCGACACAGAACUACUACAAGGAAAAACUAGGCUUCGAUCCUAAAGAAGGUUCUUACUACGAUGCUCCUCCAGAAAAGUACCGAAAGACAGACGAGAAGCCCCAUGGAUACGAGGAGAACUUGACCAAGUUCAAAGGUACUAUUUGGGAUCUUUUUAUUGAGUCCUUGGAAGACGAAAGAGACGCCGUUCAGAAGAAAACUUUUACAAAAUGGGUCAACAAACAUCUAAAGAAGACUUAUACAUGUCUUCAUGUGUGUGUUCUCGUAAACAACAUCCCUUGUUGUCCCCCUACAGCACGUCGUCAAAUUCGAGAUCUAUUCGAAGAUUUACGAGAUGGACACAACCUGAUUUCCCUCUUGGAAGUUCUAACUGGCGAACAACUUCCAAGAGAGAAAGGCGUGAUGCGAUUCCACAUGUUACAUAAUAUUGAUACGGCGCUGCAUUUUCUGCGAUGUAAGAAUGUCAAGCUGGUCAACAUCCGGUCAGAAGAUAUCGUUGACGGAAAUCCCAAGCUAACUUUGGGUCUGAUUUGGACCAUCAUCUUGCACUUCCAGAUUUCGGAUAUAGUCGUUGGUCAAGAACCCAACGUUUCAGCCAAGGACUACCUCCUCAGAUGGGCAAAACGAACCACCCACCGCUACCCUGGUGUCCAGGUCACAGAUUUCACGAAGUCAUGGCGAGACGGUUUGGCCUUCUCGUCGAUCAUACACAGGAACAGGCCGGAUUUGAUCGAUUUCGGAAAGGCCAGGCAGCAAAGGCCAAGAGAAAGAAUGGAGACUGCGUUCUUCAUUGCCGAAAGAGAAUAUGGAGUCACAAGAUUGUUGGAUCCCGAAGAUGUUGAUACUCCAAACCCUGACGAAAAAUCCCUUAUUACCUACAUCUCCUCCUUGCACGAAGUCUUCCCAGAGCCUCCACCAAUCCACCCGCUGUACGACUCGGCAGCUCAGCAGAGAGUUCAGGAAUACAGAGAAAUCGCUUCUUCUCUCCAUAUGUGGAUCAGAGAAAAGUAUUCAUUGAUGCAAGACCAUUCCUUCCCUCCAACUUUGAUAGAAAUGAAGAAAUUAGCUGCAGAAUCGUCGAAGUUUAGAACAGACGAAGUACCACCACGACAAAGAGAUAAGAACUACUGCGCGCAGUUGUUUAAAGAAUUGGAAAAAUACUUCAGGAGCGUUGGAGAGGUUGAAGUUGAACCUGAGCUGCACAUUGAUAAUAUCGAGAGGAGUUGGCAGCGUUUGAUGGAAGCCUACCAAAUUCGAGAUAGAAGAAUCGCGGAGGAGAUCAAGAGGUUAGAAAAGUUACAGAGGUUGGCCGAAAAGGUUCACAGAGAAAUUAAGCAAACUGAUUCGAAUCUAGACACAAUCGAACGAGCAAUCGAAAACGAAUCGAGAAGAAUUGAACGAAUCCAUCCCUUGGAAGCUAAAAAAAUUGCAGAUCAAAUAGACCAAGAUUUAACUACAAUUGAACAGAACAUACAAUCACUUAGGACCGACGUCAACACAUUGAGGAACGGAAGGUAUCCUCAAGCUAGUGAUUUAGACAAACGAGUGAAUAAAUUACACGAGAGAUGGGUAAAUAUGAGACAUUUGCUACACAAUAAAAUCGUCGGUCCUCUCGCAAAUUUGAGUUUCCCGGUUGAAGAAAGAACCGUAACCAAACAUAUUCGUACUGUACAGGAAACCCGAAACGUAGACACCAAUCCACAUUUUAGAACUCUACAGGAACAUAUCGAAUGGUGCAAAAAUAAAAUGAAACAACUCAAGAAGGCAGACUAUGGAACUGAUUUGGCCUCAGUUUCUACGGAACGAGACAUUCAUCAAAGGGAACACAAGACGAUCGACCAAUUCCAUUCCAAGGUCGAAGCUUGUGUAACAGCCCGUCAAUAUUUCCAAGGCGAGGAACUUAUUUUGUAUAAUCAACUCUUAGGCCAGCUGCAAAAGAUCUAUGCCGAGCUAUUGUCAUUUAGUACAAGCAGAAUGACAGAUUUGGAAACGUUACUCGACUUUAUCCAAAGUGCUACAAACGAGCUGAGUUGGUUAAACGAAAAAGAAGAAAUCGAAGUUACCAGAGACUGGAGUGAUACUAAAUUAGAUGUUAGAGGUGUAGAAAAAUAUUUUGAGAAUCUGAUGAGCGACUUAGAAAAACGAGAAAUCCAAUUCAAUUCCGUCCUAGAAAGAGGUGAAUCUUUAGUUCUUCAAAAUCACCCAGCUACGAAAGCUAUCGAAGCUCACAUGGCUGCCAUGAACGCCCAAUGGGCUUGGCUUUUACAGCUUACGCAUUGUUUGGAAACGCAUCUCCUAAACACCAGGAAUUAUCAAGCGUUCUUCAAGGAUGUCCAAGCUACCGAAGAGUGGCUUAAAGAAAAAGACGAAAUCAUGAAUACCGAAUUUAGCCAAGGGGACUUUAGUCUCGACGUUGGCGAAAAACUUCUACAGGGUAUGCAAAACCUCAGGGACGAACUCAACAAUUUCGGUGAUCAGGUGCAAGCCUUGACUGCCCGUGCCCAAGAUAUAGUGCCUUUAAAACAACGUAGACAGCCCGUCACCAGACCUAUGACAGUAACUGCCAUCUGCAACUACAAACAGAACAAUUUUGUAAUUGAAAAGAAUAAGGAAUGCACACUGACGGAUAACUCUGGACGUACCAAAUGGCGCGUGCACAAUUCUAAAGGAAUCGAGUGUCAAGUUCCUGGAGUUUGUUUCGUUCUUCCUCCACCAGAUAAAGACGCUUUGGAUGCUGCUGAUCGUCUGCGACGACAGUAUGAUCGAUCUUUGGCUUUAUGGCAAAAGAAGCAACUCAGGAUGAGACAAAAUAUGAUCUUCGCUACCAUCAAAGUCGUGAAAGGCUGGGAUUUACCACAAUUCAUCGCCAUUGGCGCCGAACAAAGAAACGCCAUCAGAAAGGCUCUUAACGAAGACGCAGAUAAACUUAUGGCCGAAGGAGAUCCAUCUGAUCCUCAGUUAAGAAGGUUGAGAAGAGAAAUGGAUGAAGUUAACAGGUUGUUUGAUGAGUUCGAAAAGCGUGCUAGAGCAGAAGAGGAAAGCAAAAACCAAGCAAGAAUAUUCAACACUCAAAUUUCCAACCUUCAACUGGCCUUAGACGAAGCAGAACGCAUUAUAAACCAACGAGUACUAUCCCCACUUCCAAGAGACAUCGACACUCUUCAGCACUUAGUUCUAGAACACAAAGAAUUCGAGUCGAGACUCCAAAACCUGGAACCAGAAGUAGAACAAGUCAAAGAUACCUUCAGAUCCAUUACACUGAAGACCCCACAACACAAGAAAGAUUUAGAAAAAGUUUUGGACAAAUGGAAGUACAUUUGGAACACUAGCAACAUUUACAUUGAAAGGUUGAAAUGCAUAGAGAUAGUUCUAAAUGGAAUGGACGAUGCUACCCAGGUUAUUUCCGAAUUUGAGAAGAAGUUGGCAUUGUUCGACGAACUUCCCAACACCAAAAAGGGAUUGGAGGAUGUUCAUGAUGAUUUAUUAAAACUAGAAUCUGCUGUCGGUCAGCAACAGAUCGCCAUGGACCAACUCAACGACGAUUUCGACAACACCAGACGAUUAACUGAAAAGUCCAGACCAAACCAACGCGGUCCUCAUGCCGACGUCGAGCGUCUGGAUAAGGAGAUCCAGAAAUUGAACAACCGCUGGAGUAACGUCUGCGCGCAGCUCGCUGAUAGGCUCAGAGGUUGCAAGCAAGCUUAUGAUUUGUUGAAGAAUUACGGCGAAGCCAAAGUGGUCGAGGAUGAUUGGCUGAACGAGCAGUACGGAAAAUUAGAAACUUUGCAGCCUAUCAAAGAUCGAGCUAAGGAACAUUUAGAUGCCACCAGAAAUCUUCUCAACAGUGUGGUCGAGAGAGCACCCAAGAUCGAGCAGGUCAACGUAAAUGGAGGACGCUUCAUACGAGAGGGCAAGAUAUGGAGCAAAGGGGCGCAGAAGUUCCGCGAGGCUCUGCUCGAGUACCAGCCUUCUCUCGACGCCAACGCUGCGGUCUGGAACACCAGGCAACCUUCCGGAGCCGAUCUGGUGGCCAAAGAGCUGGACGAGUUCAACGAGAGGUACCAGUACUUGGUGGACUUCUUGUACGACCGGCUGAGGCAGAUCGCUGACAAGUGCAAAGGGGAUAUAGUUACACUGAGACUGGUGGAGCAAAUGCAACCACAACCUUUUAGAACGUUUAGGACUGAAUUCCAUAUGAGCAGUGCCAGUGAACACACAUCUACCUAUACCACAACUACUCACUACAGUAAACAGUACAUUCAAACAUCAAAAACAGAAAAUGGAAACGGAACAUCACCAAAAUCCCCAGAAGAUCAAAGAACCAUCAGACGAAUAGAUGAAUCCGACAAUAUUACAAACGGUAGACCCCCCGAUAAACACACUACCUUUACGCACAUUAUCCAAGAACCCGAACCUUGGAUAACCACCAUGCAUUUCAACGAGAUAAAAUCGUUGAAACGAAUACACAGGGUGCAUGAGGGUAUCAGUACUGAUGACAUAAACGAUAUAGAAGGUAUUUUGAAUCCUUACACUGGAGAGCGAUUGACUAUCAAAGAAGCCAUAGCAGAACGAAUAUUAGAUGUUAGAACCGGCAAAGUAGUGAUCUCCACCGAUGGUACCCAGGUGUCCAUUAACGAAGCACAAAAUUUAGGCAAAGUAGAUUCGACAAUAGCCGAAAGACUGCAGGGACCGUGUGGUAUAACUGAGAACGGCAGAGAUUUGACGCUUUUGGAAGCCAUACAACGUGAAAUCUAUGAAGCAGAGCACGGAUUCCUAGACCCGUCAGAAAAACGUAUAAAGGUAACGCAUUCCACAACAAUAAACCAAGCUAUAGACGACGGUAAAGUUGACGUCAAUUUAGGUACAUAUACUCUCGAAAGUGGGGAAAGAAUAGAUAUCAAAGAAGCUUAUAAUAGAGGUUACCUUCUAGAACACACGGAAGUCAAGUUACAAACCGGUGCAGUUACUUUAUCAGACGCGAUUACACAGGAACUAGUAGAUGAAAGAACUGGUUGGGUUGUGGAUAGGAACUCGGGGAAUAAAUAUCAAAUUGAUGCCGCUGUUAAAUGUAACGUAGUAGAAAGUGACGUAAGGGAAAUCGUAGAUCCUAAAACAGACAACAAAAUUACCAUUUUACAAGCUUUAGAUAAUAACUUGAUAAAUCCUAAAUUGGGAAAAUACAUUCUAGGUCACGAAAAAAUUUCUUUCCUUGAAGCCAAAAGGCGACAACUAAUAGUAAAGCCAAAAUCUUUAAAAGAAAUUAUAGAUGAUAAUCUCAUGGACGCAGACGGUUUAAUAUCAUCCCCUACGCAUCACACACAGUUAACUCUAUUAGAAGCAGCAAACCGUGGCGUAUUAGAUUUAGACUCGCUUAAGACUAUCUUAGACCUAAGAACAAACGAAUACAUCACUCUAAGUGAAGCAUUGAAAGAAGGAAUUAUCUUACACGACAGCAGGUUUAGAAACUCAGUUACCAAUGAAGUCUUGCCAAUUCAGGAAGCUGUAAGUCGAGGUUAUAUAAUAUCCGUAGUCAAAAAGUCUAUCUUUGAUGUAGACGGCUUCCAACCGCCUGACAAAACCGACCACAUAAGCUUCAAUGCAGCCAAUACUAAAGGUUAUAUUAGCAAAAAAUCUAACGGUAGUUUACUGGUCAACAAGAAAAACGGCAAACUCCUUUCAUUUUCGGACGCAGUCCAAUCAGGAGAAGUAAAACCAGAGGUUUAUGAGAACCUUAUUCGACCAAUAGGUAUUGUAGAAAAUCAACAAGAGUUAACCCUUCUAGAGGCUGUAUUCCGGGGUUACAUCGAACCCAAAACCGGUAACUUACUGGAACCAUCAACUGGUAAAGUUGUGUUUUUAAACGAUGCUAUAGCCCAGCAUUUUAUAACACCAGAAGGUGCUGCAUUAUUAAAUAGUCUUUUAAAUUUGAACGUCUCCACAAGAGUUACACGUACUCUAGUCCAACGAUAUGUUACUGUUACUAGUCAAGAUGUUACACAAGAAAUCAUGACAUAUACCGAAGCCUUGAGGUUAGGUUUGAUUAAUAACGAACAACAGACUUACACCGAUCCUCAGACACAUGAGGUCAUUCCAAUAGUUCAAGCUAUCAGCGAAGGAAAACUAGCCCCCGACUCUGAAAAUUCAGAAAAGAUAGUAACAGGUCAAAUAAUAAAAGCUCCUACAGUAAGUACAUCAACAUCAACUAAAACGUUUAAUGAUAAGGGUGUUACAACAGACUUCAUUACGAACGAAAAGAAAUCGUUUGAAAAACAUAUUUAUGCUUUGCCUUCCGAGGGUUUGUCACUGUCUCAAGCAAUCAGUCAAAAACUAUAUGAUCCUAUGCAUGGUUUGUUCCUCAUUCAAGGUACAGAUCGUCAGGUUACCUUUGAGGAAUGUGUUAAUCUUAAACUUAUUAAUCCAAAUUCACUAACUGUUGUAGAUCCAGUCAGUAAAAAUAAAUUGCCAGUUAAUAAAGCUCUGGAGAAGAAAAUUAUAGAUUCAACUGGUCAUUAUAUUUCUUCCGAGGGAAAGAUAAGUAUGCAAAAAGCUAUAGAGAGAGGACUUAUUACAUUUGAAGACGUAAUGGACCUAGAUCAACCGAAUAAAACAGUAACAACAAUCAAAGUAGUGAGAAUAGAACCGAACGUAAUAUAUGAUCCCUCAUCACACGAUGUUACUUUCUUAGAUAAAAAUCAAUCGUCAGAUAUAGCCACUGCUUUAACUGAACAUAAAAUUCCUCUUGAAAAAAUUACCAUAAAAGAUCCAAAAACAAAUAAAAUUAUUCCAGUUAGCCAAGCAGUUGAGCAAAACAUUGUGGACUUAAAACGAGGCACUGUUGUCGAUAAUUCUGGUAACAAGAUAACAUUGAAAGAUGCCGCUCAAUUAGGUCUGUUGGCUGUUGUAGGUGCUCCAGUAGUUGCUACCAAGGCAACCAUAAAAAUAGUUAAACACUUUUUCGUUACCGAUCCAAAGACUGGUGAACAAAUUCCUGCUGAGGUAGCCCUUGAAAAAGGUAUAAUAGACCAACCUACUCUAGAAAAAUUAGAAGAACAAACUAACGCGACGCAGCAAGUAGUUUCAGAUUAUUUGCCUACUCAGGGAAUUGCUCAAAUUGAGCCUUCCAAAAUAAAGACAUUAAGUACUGCCACUAUUAGUUUAUACGAACAAGAUGGACCCUCUGAAGCCGAAAAAACUCGAGCUCGUAUAACGAUAGAGCCUAGCUAUAAAGUUAAAAUUGGCAGAGCCCAGUCUCUUAGCCCUGAACGUGAGGCUAAGAAAGUUGUUUUACAAAAACUAAGGAAGAAGAUCGUGAAACCUAAAGACGCUGUUAGUGCAGGAAUUAUUGAUUCAGAAACAGCUCAAAUUUUAGAUCAAAAAAGUGUGUUUGUAUCUUCUAGCGGAGAACCUCUUACCUUACAAGAAGCUUUAGAAGCCCAAAAAUUAGAUGGAGAGCAAGGUAAGAUCAUAGAUCCCCAAAGAGGUGAUUUACUUACUAUAAACGAAGCCAUUGACCGUGGUAUCUUAGAUCCAGAUGGUACGAAUGAACUCUUAGUGCCUUUAAAUCGUAGCCUAUCAAUUCCUGAACUUGUGAAACAGGGACUAUUAGAUCCCAGUAGCCAUAAAAUUGUCCAUCCAGAAACUGGUGCUCAUUUAAGUAUUAGUGAAGCAAUUGUCUGUGAUAUUGUUGAUCCUUUGAGUACUUUAGUAGAAAAGUCUGGCGAUAAAGUCACUUUAGGUAAAGCUUUAGAAAUAGGUGUAGUAGAUGACGAAAAAUCCACCGUAGAGACAAAUUCCGGUACUAAAGACUUGCAAGAAGCUGUGAAAGACAAAAUAUUUGAUGUUGAAGUACCUGCCGGACCAGUUGAGUUACCUCCCGCAGGUAUGACAUUCCCAGUAGCUGUGAAAAGAGGUCUUGUGGAUACUGACAAGAAAGAAAUUAUCCACCCUCUAACUAACGAAUCCAUUCCAUUAGCUGAAGCCAUUGAAGACAAUUUUAUUAUGACAUUACCUUUUCCCACUAGUCCUGAUUCUGUAAAGAUAGAAAAUGCCUUAGAAUCAAACCUAAUAGAUUCAAAGAAUUCCACUUUUAAAGAUCCAAAAACGGGAGAUAUUUAUCCCAUUUCCGAGGCUGUAGAGAAAGGGUUACUAGUUUUAAAAGAACCCCUUCACGUCGUAUCAUUCAGUCAUUCCACACCUGUAACUACUUUAACCGAAACUGUUAACACUAUUCAUACUGUAACUACUAAAACUAUCGAACUGUUAUCAGGAUAUGCCAUGUUAAGUAAAAACGAAAUUCAAAAUAUAGAAACUGGUGCAGUUAUUACUAUGGAAGAAGCUCUGCAACAAGGUAUUGUUAAAGAUGUCAACGAAACUAAGAACAGAACAAUUGUAAAGGACAUAAAAAUGAGUUUUUCAGAUGCUUUAAACAAAGGUUUGGUUGAUAUGAAUGCAGGAAUUUAUUUGGAUCCUAGUUCGGGUGAAAAAUUAUCGAUAGAACAAGCUUUGCAAGAAGGCAAACUUCUGGCAGCUCCUGAAGGUACCCAAGAACUGAUUGAAACUCAUAAAACUACAGAGUUGACCAUUGCAGAAGCUUACGAAACGCUGUAUGAUAAAGAGACCAGUACCUUCCGCGAUCCAGAUGAUAAAACUAAGGAAUUAACAUUUAAGGAAGCUAUAGAGAAAGAAAUAAUAGACCCUAAUUCAAUAGUAUAUGAUGUGACUUCCAAUAAACCUAUCACAGUUGAACAAGCUGUUGAAAAAGGACUAUUAGAUCCUAAAACAGGAAAUGUUAAAGACGAAAAAACCGGCAAAUCUAUAGACUUCAAAGAAGCUACAAAGAAAGGCUUAAUAGCUGUUUUAGGUGGAUUAGCCUUGCCUGUUGUAGCACCUGUAUUAGCUGGGGCUGCUGCUGUAAAAGCAGUAAAGGAAUAUGCUGACAAGAAAAAAGCAGAAAAACAAGCGGAAGAGAUUUAUUCACAAAAGAAUCUUAAGCCAGUUCAAAUAGAUUUGCCCCAUACCAAAGACACGACUAAAGAAGAAGUUACUGUAAUCAUUGACAUGCCUCAACAAUCAAUUGUACUUCCAAUAGGAGACGCCAUUUCGCAGCAUAAAAUCGAACCUAAAAUUUGUAGAGUUAUUUACAACAAUGAAGAAUUACCAUAUACAGUACAAGAUGGUUUAAAUGAAAACAAACUAAGUCCUCUAAAUAAUGUUCAGAUCAUCUCAAAUCACAAAGUUGUGUUAGUCGAUGAUUCUAAGAUUGCCGUUUUGGUCAUAUCAAAACAUUUAACGCCUCAGAUGAUGGCUGAAUUAGGGUAUUACGAUAUAAGAACUCGAACCUUCACAAAUCCCCAAACAGGGGCUUACAUUACCUUUGAAGAAUUAAUAUACGGUCUAGGUGUAUUUGAUCCCAACACAAUUUUGGUCAAAGACUCCACCAAGAAACCUCCCAUCUACAUUCCUCUUGAAGAAGCUUUAAAUAGAAGGCUGAUCGACAGGCAAAAGGGAUACAUGGUUGAUCCUAAAACAGGUAAGAAAGUACCGUUCUUCGAAGCAGUUAAACUGAGAUGGAUCAUACACGUUAACGAUAAACCUAAGGAGAAGUACCAACCUCUUUCGUUGCAGGAAAUUGUAGAAACUGAGAAAUUCGAUCCUGUUAACGUAACUGUCAAAUUAGAUGACAAAGAACUGCCGUUGAUUAAAGCUAUUACAUCCAAUAUUGUUGAUGGUAAAUCAGUUACAAUACGAGAUCCAAGAACGAUGCAACUUGUUCCUUACUAUGAAGCUGUAGACAAAUCUAUCGUCGAUCCUCAAAGAGGCUUAGUUAUUAACACUGCCACACAGAGCACUAUGAGAUUUCCUGAAGCGUUUGUUAAGGGCUAUGUUUUAGCCAUUCCAAGACCUAUUUCAUUACAAGCUGUUAUACAUAAAGGAAUGUACGACUUACAGACGUGCAAAGUUAAUGAUCCACUGACUAAACUACCACUUUCAAUAGCUGAUGCAGUCGAUCGCCAAAUAAUCGACGACAAAAUAAGCGAAAUUAAAGAUGUCAAGAGUAACACUUUCAUACCUCUCGAUGAAGCAUUGAAGAAUAAUUUAGUAGACUCAGUUGAAGGCAAAAUUAAAAACACGCAAACUGGACAACUAGUUCCUUUAGAUCAAGCUUUGGAGACUAACUUGAUCCGAACAAAACCUGUUGUAUUUAAUUUACUGCAAGCUAUCAUUCAAAACUAUUAUUCACCCCGAACAGGACUAAUCUUGAAUCCCAUAACAGGUGAUGAAAUUACGCUCCAAAAAGCCAUUGAAUACAAGUUAAUAGACCCAGUAACGACUAGAAUUAAAGACGACAAACGUGGCCGUAUAGUUGAAAUAAAAGAAGCAAUCCAGUCGAAUCUAUUAGAUGUUGAGAAAGGUAUCCUUACAAGCCCUCUCUUACCAUUAGAUCAAGCUUACCUCAAAGGUUACAUAUUAAGUACCGUUUUGCCAUGGUCUCUUCAAGAAACUUUAGCCCAAAAAGUCUAUGACCCGAAGACAGGACAGUUCACUAUAAACAACGCGAAAAUAACACUUGUCGAAGCUAUAGAUGGAGGAAUUGUUAACCCUAAUGUCCUAACGAUUAAAGAACCCAGAUCUGGAGAUAUUAUUACUCUAAAUGAUGCUAUUAACUUAAAAAUUAUAGAUCCGGUAAAGGGAACUGCAUUGAAUCCUGUAACCAACACUGAUGCAAAUCUGUACGAAGCUUACGAUAGUGGGUUAAUAGUACCUUACAAGAGUCAAAUAACUCUUCCUGAAGCAGUCUUCAAAGGUUUCUAUGAUCCGAAUACGGGUAAGUUCAUCAAUCCUAAAAACAAAGAAAGACUUAAGGCUUCUAGCGCUAUUAAUAGAGGCUAUGUAGAUAUAUCUAGUACUUUGGUAACAAUUGACGAAGAAAUCGUUACAUUUGAACAAGCCAUGAUCGAUGGAGUCAUCGAUACCAAUGAAGGUAUUUUGAUGAGUUACAAUGAACCUGUUGAUUUCAGCGAAGCGUUUGAAAGAGGUUUGUUGGUAGAGGUACGACCACCAGUACCAUUGAGUGAGGCCAUUGCUAAAGGAAUUUGUGACGAAGAAUCACAGUUGUUCCUAGAUCCCCAAACUGGGCAAUAUAUACCUUUGAUAGAAGCCAUUGAAAUCAAUUUAAUAGACGCUGAAUCUGUUAGUGUUAAAGAUACUCGCAUAGGAAUAUGGAGAAAGAUUCCUCUUAUUGACGCCAUACAUAACAACUACGUAGAUGGUACCACCGGUAUGGUGAAAGACUUUUCUAAGGGUGAGCCUUACGAAGUAACGUUACAGAAAGCUUUCUCCUUAGGAAUUUUGGUAGAUAAUAAAGCUGCCGUGUCCUUGCAAAGAGCUAUCCAUCAAGGUCUUUAUGACGAAAACACAGGUAAAAUAUUGGAUCCUAACACGGAUAGACGAAUUACUCUACAUGAAGCUAUUCGCAACUUUAACAUUAAUCCAUUACUUUUGUGUCAUUUGGACAAAAAUUCUGGCAAACUGCUUAACCUCACAGAUACAUGUCGGUUGGGAAUAAUCGAUAAGCGUAAUGGUACAUUCAGAGAACCCCGUACUGGCAAACCUAUCAAACUUUCUGAAGCUUUGAAUUCUGGUUUAAUUGUAGACAUUGAAACAGCCAACUUUGGUUUGUAUGAGGCUCUAGAAAUGGAACUGUAUAUUCCAGAGGAAAAAGUAUUUGUUCAUCCGGCUACAGGUCGCAAAUAUAACUUAAAGGAAGCUUGUGAAAACGAACUUAUUAAUCCUGUUACUUCACUAAUUAAAAACAGUAAAUUAAACAAAUAUGUUCAGCUACCAGAAGCUAUCGAAAGCAAUAUUAUUAAUGAUGAGUUGGCUACGUAUAUUUUCCCACACGGAAACACCAUCGAUCUGGUAGACGCAAAGAAUAAGGGUCUGAUCGUUACUGCUACAACGCCAUUAAGUUUGGAAGAAGCCAUUAAAAACUUUUUGUACAGGCCAGAAUCUGGAAAAUUCGCUGAUCCAGUUAACGGUGAAUAUUACGAUCUUUCCCAAGCUGUGUCUAUAGGUUUUAUUGAUCCAACUACUACAGGUCUACGAGAUUUAACAAACAAUAGGGUCAAAUCUUUAAUAGCUGGUAUUCAAGAUCAUAAUAUAGACGUUGAAAAGGGUAGAGUUCUUGAUUCAAAAUCUAAAAAGACUUACAACUUGGACGAAGCAUUUAAGAAAGAUUUAUUGAUAACGUUGGAAAGACCUUUGGUAGAGGAGUUUACGCAAAAAUCAAUAACAGAGUCUCAAGCAACUCCCAAACAAACUAGGGAAUGUUCUCUGGAAGAGGCACUUAAGUUUGAACUUGUGGAUCCAAGUGUGGCUGUAAUAAAAGACUUGCAAACAGGUAAAUUUAAAACUGUUGGAGAUGCUAUCGAUGAAAAGCAACUUAACGUUAACAAAAUUGUAGUUUUUGAUCCAGCAACUGGCAAAGUUAGAUCCCUUUGUUGUAUGUAUGACAAAACUAUUGUUAUCUAUUUAAAAGAACCUCUUUCGUUUAUUAAAGCUAUCGAAACCAAUCUGUUAGACGUUAAUACUGGUAAAUUUACCGAUCCACAAUCCAACGAAGUUCUGACAUUGAAAGAUUCUAUUAGUCUAGGUUUUAUUGAUCCCGAUACUGCUCUUAUCAAAGACUCGAAUAAAAAGAAACUAAUCAAACUUCCAGAAGGUUUUAGAAAGGGCCUCAUUGAAGCUGAAAAAGGAAGCGUUCUAGAUACUAGUACCUCAAAACUUUUCCCACUGCAAACUGCUCUAGAUACCGGCUUACUGAUAACUACCAACAGAAGUUUCAGUUUGAUAGAAUGUAUUACGUACGGCAUUUAUAACCAGACCACUGGUCACUUUAACGACCCAUUUGUCACUACCAACAUUAUAGAUAGAAAGAAGCUUACGCUCGAUGAAGCUUUAUCUGAGAAUUUGGUAGAUCCUAGUAGUACCGUCGUUAAAGAUUCUGAAUCCGGUGCCUUCUUGCCACUUAUAUUAUCCAUAGCAACCAAAUUAGUCGAUCCAGUAGAAGGAAAAAUAUUUGAUAAAGUCGAAAAUAAACAUAUAGAUUUCGCAAAAGCGUUGGAGAAGGGGUGGAUAUUACCUGCAGAAGAAAGGCAAGCUAUUGAAGAAAAAUACAAACUAUGCGACGAAUCUCUAUCGAAGUUACUUCGUUGGAUAGGAGACAUCGAAGAUCGCUUAGCCUCACAAGAUGUGAUUCAUGAAGUGGAAGAGGAAUUAAGGAACCAAAUUAAUACCUUGAAACAGAUCAAAGACGACUUGGACCAACAUUCUGGCCAAGUUUCUCACUGUCUCGAUCAAGUACGACAACUCGUCGUUACAGCUGGCGAUAUUCUGUCAAAAAGUGAGGUUAUGGGCCUAGAAAAGAGCGGAAGGAAUCUAAAGACUAGAUACGACAAAGCUGUCGAACGCUCAGACAAACUUUUGCGUAAACUCUUGAGCGCUAGAGACGAAUUAGCCAAACUGAAAGGAGAACUUACUGUAUUUUCCGAUUGGUUGAGUAAGGCGAGAAGAACUUUGGAAGAUAAAGAAAGGUCUUUGAGUGAUUUGCACCGUUUGGACUCUAGUGCAGAUAGUACAAAAGAAUUUGUUAGUGAUGUCAUCGCUCACCAAGCUGACUUGAGGUUUAUUACCAUGUCUGCACAGAAGUUUGUUGAUGAAGGCAAAGAAUAUCUUCAUCUUCUCAACGAUCUACGUACUUCUCUUCCUUCACGGCUGCCACACAUUGAGCCGUAUUCAUCUCAAGAAUCACCAAUACGCAACGAAGUUUCUUUGGUUACCCAGCAGUAUCGUGACCUUCUGCACCGUGCUAAUAAUCUCUCCGAUAGACUUUCUGGAGUAGGUGGCCGUCAAAGAGAGUACUCCGAUGCACUAGACAAAGCCAAAGAAUGGCUAAGAGAAGCUGAACCUAGAGCUAACAAGCUACUUAACGAACAAAUUGGUGGUGAUCCCAAAACUGUUGAAGAACAACUUCACAAAGCUAAACAACUUAACAAUGAAUUCGUCGUUAACGGCAGGCUAAUUGAUAAUGCUAAACAGGCCACCAGCGCUUUAUUAAGAUCCCUCGAAGGCCAAAUCUCCCCAUCAGAAAUGGCACGUUUAGAGGAGCCAGUUAAAAGCCUUGAAAAUAAAUACAAUCAAUUAUGCAGUGCCAUCGCUAAUCGUUGUCAAGAAUUGGACACAGCUCUUGUCCAAUCUCAAGGAGUCCAAGAUGCCCUCGAUGGAAUUAUUGAUUGGCUCAACCAAGCCGAAAACCAAUUCAAAAAUAUUCAAAAACCAGCGUCUCUCAUCAAAGAAAGGCUUGAAGAACAACUGAGAGAGCAUCGUAUUUUCCAAUCCGAUAUCGACACUCAUAUUUCCUCGAUUGACAACGUCUACAUGUCUGCCAACGAACUGAUAAUGUCAACCAGCAACGCUCGCGUAGCUAAAAAAAUUGAAGGCAAAUUGAACGAUGUUAAAGUUAGAUUCGAAAAAUUAUUUGAUAAGACACAGCAGCGAGGAGUAUUCCUUGAAGGAAUCAACCAAGAUUUAACCGUGUUUAACAAUCAAGCAACCAAAUUCGAUGAAUGGUACAACAGCGUCAUAGAAAUUAUAGAAUCUAAAGACAUGAACAGACUACCAAUGGAAGAAUACUCCAAACAAAUGAAGAAACUUGUAGCCAAUAGAGAAGACAACAGAACUAUGUACGAAGAUACAGUUAAAAUUGGUAAAGACCUCCUCAACAAACGUGAUGUAACUGACACCACGAAUGUCAGAGACCGUGUCAAGGCUUUAGAAAAUCAAUGGAAGCAACUGGACAAUCUUCUUGAAGAAAAAGCACGGCUUUCCAAGUUACGUGCAGAACAACAAAGUAAUUAUGAAGCUUUACGACAGAAAGUUAAUGAUUGGUUGAGCAAAAUGGAAACUAAAGUUUCUAGAUUAGAGGCUGUUGCAGUUCAUUUAGAUACUCUUAAGAAACAAAACGAAGAGCUUAAACCAAUCUCCAAGGAUUACAGAGAUUUUGGAAGUACCAUUGAUAAGAUCAAUGAUGUUGGUAGCGCUUAUGACAGUCUAGUAAGAGGUGACAGACCCGAAUCACCAUCAAGAAGAAAAGGCUACAGUCCUGGAAAACGUACUCCAAUUGACGGACGUUCACCGUCACCUACUAAAGGUUUAUCCCCACUAUCUCCUGGUGGAUCAAGUGGUUUUUCAUCGAGAAGAUCAAGCCAAGAUGGUUUCCAUCUUGAAGAACUGUCUAUUAUACAACAACAAUUGUCCGAAAUCAAUAACAGGUAUUCAUUGCUUGGAGUCAAACUAACUGAUAGACAAAACGAAAUUGACACCGUCCGUGAAGAGGUUAAGAAACAACUGGAAAACCUCAAGACACUUACUACUUUCCUCGACAAGAUUCAAAGACAAUUGCCCAAAGAUGUCGUUCCUAGCAGUAAAGACGAAGCAGAUAAACUCAACAAACAACUGAAACAAAUUCUCGAAGAAAUGUACGAAAAGCAGUCCUUGUUGGACUCCACCAAAACCCAAGUUAAAGAUCUUCUGCGAAGAAAACCUAAUGCUAUUGGUGCGGACAAUCUUAAUGGAGAGUUAGAGGAUGUUGUUUCCCACUGGAAGAGUCUAAACGAUCAUUUGAAAAACAAAAUUAAAUUCAUGGAAGACAUGAAGGACUUCCUCGAUACUCAUGAUUCCCUAGCUUCUUGGUUGUCGGCUAAAGAACGUAUGUUAACUGUAUUGGGACCAAUAUCUAGUGAUUCUAGAAUGGUUCAAUCCCAAGUUCAACAAGUGCAAGUACUAAGAGAGGAAUUUAGAACCCAACAACCACAACUACAACAUCUUAUUGAAGUUGGUGAUAAUGUGCUAAAUCACCUUGAACCAAAAUCGUCCGAACACCAGAAGGUUAAUAACAAAUUAGCUGUAGUUCAACAAAAAUGGGCGGAUUUAUUAAGCAAACUUGAAGAAAGAGCCGACUCACUCGGAGCAGCUGCCGACACUAGCAGAGAAUUCGAUGCACAAUUAACUCGUCUUAGAGAUGCUUUACAAGGUAUCUCUGAUAAUUUGGAUGAAGUACCACUUGAAAAAGACCCCGAAGAUCAGUUGCGUAAGGUAGAAAAUCUUGAAAGACAAUUGGAAGGGCAAAGACCACUUCUAACAGAUCUUGAAUCUAACGGAGCUCACUUAUGUGAUGUAUUAAGCGAUCCUGCUUCACGAGCUGAUAUACAAGCCAAGUUGGCCUCUGUAGGUCGUCAAUAUAACGCUUUGCAGAAGAAAUUGGACCACAAAAAAGCUGAAAUUGAAGGAUCUUUACGAGAUGGAAGACAAUUUGAAGAACAAUGUGCGAAGACACUAGGAUGGCUAUCAGAUGAAUUAGGAUCAUUGUCAGAAAGAUUCCUUAUAUCUGCUAUUAGAGACGUUUUAGAGCAACAGUUGAAUCACCAUGAGCCAAUAUAUAGGGAUGUAUUAGCUAGAGAGCACGAAGUUAUUAUGCUGUUGAACAAAGGACGAGAUAUCCUGGCUAAAAACAGUAAGAGUGAUAACAGAACUCUUCAAAGAGAUCUUGAUAAAAUUAAUCAAAACUGGGAGAAACUACGUAAAGAAACAGUAGAUAGACACACUAGACUUCAAACUUGUAAAGAGCAUUGUCGCAAGUAUUACAAAGCUUUGGAAACAUUCCUUCCGUGGUUAAGACAAGCUGAAGAUAAAUUGGAUACAUUAAGACCUUCGUCAUUCCAAAAGAAACAUAUUGAAAAACAACUAAAAGAACUCCAAGCAUUCCGUAAUGAAGUUUGGAAGAAAUCUGGAGAUUACGAAAACACCAGAUCACUCGGUGAAACAUUCCUUGCAGCUUGUGAUAUUGACAAAGACGAUGUUAAGAAUGAAUUGGGUGAUCUGAAGGAUAGAUGGGAUAGGCUGAAUAAUGACUUGAUUGCUAAAACACAAGCUUUGGAAGAUCAAGCCAGAAAACUAGCAAACUUCAGUGAAAAUGUUCGAGAUUUACAACAUGGUUUGGAAAGAUGUGAAGAUAAAUUAACUUCACAUGAUGCUUUGGGAGGUGCUGCUAAAGACCCUAAACUCCUAGACCGCAUUAAGGCACUCCGGGAAGAAACCAUAAAGCUGAAAAAACCAUUACAAGGCGUUCGUCAACAAGCUAACGAUUUGUGCAAUGAAGCAUCACAACAUCACAUUGAUGCUGAUCAUCUUAAAGAUGAAGUCGAUGGCAUAGGUGAUCGAAUUGAUGAUUUAUGUGCUAAAUUAGAUGACCGCUGUUCAGAUUUGCAAUCGGCUGCUACAGCUGUAACACAGUUCAACGAUGAAGUGAAAGAAAUAACUCAAGAUUUAUCUGCUUUAGAAACAGAAUUAGACGAUAUGAAACCUCCUGGUAGAGAAGUGAAGGUUGUUAGAGGCCAAAUAGAUGAUGUAAACAAAUUCCUCACCAAGGUUAAUAAAGCAAGUGACAAUCUUAAGCAUGCCAUUAAUUCUGGUGAAAGAUUGGUGGAUAGUGGAUUUGCUCCUGAUACUGUACUUACUAGACAACAGUUGGAUACAUUAAAGAAACAAUUAGGAAAACUAGAUGACCGAGCUCAAAACAGAGAAAAAGAUCUAGAAAACACGCUAAAGAAACUGGAAGGUUUCUAUAUAUCCCACGCAAGUGUUUUAGACGAUAUUCAAGAUGCCUCAGGAGAAUUGCGUAAACUUAAGCCAGUAGGUUCCGAAGUCGAUAGUAUUAGAGCUCAACAGAAAGAUUUCAAGAAAUUCAGAGCUAAUACAAUUGAACCUUUGGGUAAGAAUAUUGAAGAAGUCAAUAGGUUAGGACAAGGUCUGAUUCAAUCUGCUUCAUCUGGUGUCAACACUGCUAUUCUCGAAAAAGAUUUAGAAAGAAUGAAUGCUCUAUGGAAUGAUCUUAAAGAAAAGAUUAAUGACAGGGAAAGGAAACUUGACAUUGGUUUAUUACAAUCUGGUAAAUUCCAAGAAGCUUUGGACGGUUUAUCUAAAUGGUUAACGGAUACUGAAGAGAUGGUAGCUAACCAAAAACCACCAUCCGCCGACUACAAAGUCGUUAAAGCACAAUUGCAAGAGCAGAAGUUCCUUAAAAAGAUGCUUCUUGACCGACAGAACUCCAUGACAUCACUGUUUAAUAUGGGUAACGAAAUCGCCAAAGAAGCUGAGCCAUCUGAACGCAAAGCUAUCGAAAAACAACUUAAAGAUCUUAUUGCUCGCUUCGAUGCAUUGACGGAAGGAGCCCAACAACGUACCAUGGAUUUGGAACAAGCUAUGAGAGUAGCGAAAGAAUUCCAAGACAAACUUAUACCUCUACAAGAUUGGUUAGAUCGUGCCGAAAAGAAAGUCAAAGAUAUGGAACUGGUUCCUACUGACGAAGAAAAGAUAGAGCAAAGAAUCCGUGAACAUGAUGUUCUCCACAACGAUAUUCUUGGCAAGAAAGUUGAUUUUAAAGAACUUACAGAAAUCGCUUCGAAUUUGAUGUCUCUUGUUGGAGAAGACGAAGCUUCUGGAUUAGCUGACAAAUUACAAGAGGUCACAGAUCGGUACGGAAACUUGGUGGAAGCCAGUGAGCACAUUGGACAACUUUUAACAGCUUCAAGACAAGGUCUUAGACAUCUUGUCCUCACUUAUCAAGAUUUGGCUGCCUGGAUGGAUCAAAUGGAACAACGGUUAUCUCGUUAUAAAGUUCUUGCUGUUCAUAACGACAAACUUUUGGAACAAAUGGACGCUCUAACAGAUCUUUCUGAAAAUAUUGCCAGCCGUCAAAAUGACAUUGACGGUACAGUUGAUGCGGGAGUAGAAUUAAUGAGACACAUUUCUUCUGAUGAAGCCUUAGAACUUAAAGAUAAGUUGGACUCCUUGCAACGUAGAUACAAUGAUUUAACAACCAAGGCAGCAGAUCUUUUGAAACAUGCUGAAACAAUACUACCGCUGGUACAGAAGUUCCAUACUAAUCACAACCGCUUAGUUGAUUGGAUGCAAGGUGCUGAGAACAUUUUACAAUCAGCUGAACCACAUGAAGGUGAUAUUGCACGUUUAGAAAUAGACCUACAAGAACUAAGACCGGUGCUAGAAACUAUUAAUGUACUAGGCCCACAAUUAUGCCAAGCUAGUCCUGGAGAAGGUGCUGCUACGAUCGAGGGACUUGUUACGAGAGACAAUAGAAGAUUUGAUGCCAUCGCCGAACAAAUUCAAAGAAGAGCAGAGAGAAUCCAACUUGGAAAACAAAGAGCUUUGGAAGUUACCGGUGAUAUAGAUGAGCUCUUAGAAUGGUUCAGGGAAGUAGAAGGACAGCUGAGAGAUGCCGAGAAACCAUCUGGAGAACCCGAUUUGAUCAGAAUUCAACUUAAAGAACAUAAAGCGCUUAAUGACGAUAUUUCUAGCCAGAAGAGUAGAGUACGUGACGUCUUGUCAUCUGCUAAGAAAGUUUUACGUGAAAGUCCACCAAGCGAAGACACUAGCCUUAUUAGAGAGAAAAUGGAAGAUUUAAGAGAAGUUAUGGAUGUUGUGUCUGGAUUAAGUUCUGAUAGAUUGGGAAUUUUGGAACAAGCACUACCACUAGCUGAGCACUUCCACGAUACGCACAAUGUACUUGUAUCUUGGUUGAACGAUAUGGAAGAACAGGUAUCUAUGUUAACAAUGCCUGCUUUAAGACCCGAUCUAAUAGCUCAACAACAAGAUCGUAACGAAAUGUUCUUACAAUCCAUAAACGAACACAAACCACUCAUAGACAAACUAAACAAAACCGGAGAAGCUCUUAUUAACUUGUGUAACGAAGAUGAUGGUAGUAAAGUACAGGAAUUGCUUGACUCUGAUAAUGCUAGAUACGGCGCUCUUAAACUAGAACUCAGAGAACGCCAACAAGCCUUGGAACAAGCUUUACAGGAAAGCUCCAAAUUUUCUGAUAAACUUGAAGGAAUGCUCCGCGCUUUGUCUAACACAGCAGAUCAAGUAAAUCAUUUAGAGCCAAUAUCUGCACAUGUACCUAAAAUUAAAGAUCAAAUUGAGGACAAUGAUAAUUUAGUUGCCGAUUUAGAUAAACGAAAAGAAGCUUAUGCAGCUGUCAAACGCGCUGCUGACGACGUUAUCAGUAAGGCAGGAAAUAGGGCUGAUCCAGCCAUUAGGGAGAUCAAGGCCAAAUUAGAGAGACUGAAGAGUUUGUGGGAUGACGUGCAAAAAGCGACACAAACUAGAGGGAAAUCGCUGGACCAUGCUUUGGAAGCAGCUCAGAAGUUCUGGAAAGAAUUACAUGCCAUCAUGGCAACACUCAAAGACCUUGAAGAUUCUCUGGUAUGCCAAGAACCUCCAGCCGUUGAGCCUAAGGCUAUUCAAGAGCAACAGGUUGCUUUACAAGAGAUCAGACAGGAGAUCGAUCAGACCAAACCCAACGUUGAUAGAGUGAGAAGUUCUGGGGAGAAAUUGAUGAAAUUGUGUGGUGAGCCUGAUAAACCGGAUGUGAAGAAACAUAUUGAAGACUUGGAUCAUGCCUGGGAUAAUAUCACUGCUCUGUAUGCCAAACGUGAAGAAAACCUCAUUGAUGCCAUGGAAAAAGCUAUGGAAUUCCAUGAAACACUACAGAACCUUCUUGCAUUCUUGACCCAAGCUGAAGGCAAAUUCGAAAAACUAGGUCCACUGGGAACAGAUAUUGAUGCCGUCAAAAAACAAAUCGAUCAAUUAAAGAAAUUCAAAGCUGAGGUUGAUCCUCAUAUGGUCAAAGUUGAAGCUUUAAACAGGAGUCUCGUAAGGCAAGCUCAAGAACUCACAGAACGCACAUCAUCAGAUCAAGCAGCCUCCAUCAAAGAACCACUUUCAGCUGUCAACAGAAGGUGGGAUGAUCUUCUUAGAGGAAUCGUAGAAAGGCAAAGGCAGCUUGAGAAUGCCUUGUUGCGUUUGGGUCAAUUCCAACACGCUCUUAAUGAGCUCCUCGUAUGGAUCUCCAAGACUGAUGCUACCUUAGACGAGUUAAAACCCGUUGCGGGAGAUCCACAAGUAUUGGAGAUCGAAUUAGCUAAAUUAAAGGUUUUGGUUAAUGACAUACAGGCGCAUCAAACUAGUGUCGAUACUCUUAAUGAUGCUGGAAGACAAAUAAUUGAAAGUGGUGAAUCCGAUGAAGCCAGUGUUACCCAAGAAAAACUCAACACGCUGAAUACUCAAUGGCGUUCUCUAAUGCAGAAAGCAGCGGAUAGACAAAGGGAGCUUGAAGAUGCGCUUACAGAUGCUCAGAGAUUUAAUGCUGAGAUUCAAGAUCUUCUGUCGUGGUUAGGAGAUGUCGAUGGAAUCAUUACCGCCAGUAAACCAGUUGGAGGGUUACCAGAAACCGCCUCCGAGCAAUUGGAGAGGUUCAUGGAAAUAUAUAAUGAAAUAGAGGAUAACAGACCUAAAGUUGAGACAGUCUUAGCGCAAGGUCAAGAAUAUCUGAAGAAAGCUACUUCACCUGCAUCUAACUUACAGCAGAAUUUGCGCACAUUAAAACAAAGAUGGGAUAAUGUCACUGCCAGAGCUAACGACAAGAAGAUCAAAUUAGAAAUUGCUCUUAAGGAAGCUACAGAGUUCCACGAAUCACUACAAGCAUUCGUUGAUUGGCUAACUAAUGCAGAGAAACAUCUUCAAAAUGUGAAACCAGUUUCUAGGGUUUUGGAAACUAUUCAGAAUCAAAUAGAAGAACACAAAGUUUUCCAAAAAGACGUUAGUGCCCACAGAGAGAUAAUGCUUGCUUUAGACAAAAAGGGAACGCAUCUCAAGUAUUUCAGUCAAAAACAAGAUGUCAUACUAAUCAAAAACUUACUUAUCAGUGUACAGCACAGGUGGGAGAGAGUCGCUUCCAAAUCAACUGAAAGAACUAGAGCACUUGACUUGGGUUACAAAGAAGCCAAAGAGUUCCACGAUUCUUGGACUUCCCUCAUGCAUUGGUUAGACGAAACUGAAGAAUCUCUUGAUGAACUUCAGUCUGAAGCCAUCAGCAAUGAUCCUAGUAAGAUCAAGCAACGUCUUGCCAAACAUCAGGAACUGCAAAAAGCUCUAUCUGGUAAACAGGGCACUUAUGAUAACGUAAUGAAGACUGGUAAGCAGCUUAAAGACAAAGCUCCCAAACCUGAUGAACCUACUCUUAAACAUAUGCUCUCGGAACUGAAGAGCAAAUGGAAUUCAGUUUGUCAUAAGAGCGUUGACAGGCAACGCAAACUUGAAGAAGCUCUCUUAUAUUCAGGACAGUUCAAAGACGCCAUAGCAGCUUUAGUCCAAUGGCUACAAAAAGCUGAAAAAGAUCUUUCAAAGGACAGUCCUGUUCAUGGUGAUUUGGAUACCGUUAAUCAUUUAGUAGAGGCGCACAAAGUGUUUGAAAAAGAACUAGAAAAACGUAACGACCAAAUGGAAUCAGUUAUUAAAAAUGGUCAGGAGUUAGAAAGAACUGCAUCCAAAACUGACGCUAUCCAGAUUAGAGCUCAAUUAAAUGAACUAACCGAACUUUGGGAAACGGUGACAGACUUAACAAGAAUCAGAGCAGAUAAGUUAAGAGAUGCACUGAAAGAAGCCGAAAAACUUCAUAGAUCCGUGAACAUGAUCCUCGACUGGUUGUCCGAAGCUGAAAUGAAACUGAGAUUUGUUGGUAACCAACCCGAAGAUGAAGCAACUGCUUACGAACAAGUUAAAGCUUUGGAUCACUUCAGAGCUCAACUAAAUGAAAAAGAAAUCGAGAAAGAUCAAACUCUUGAACUAGCCCACAACAUUCUUGCAAAGGCCCAUCCAGAUUCCAUCAACGUUAUCAAAAAUUGGAUUAAAGUUAUUCAAAGCAGAUGGGACGAAGUGUCACAAUGGGCUCUUCAACGUCACCAGAAACUGUCACAGCACUUACAGUCGCUCAGAGAUAUGGACGAUACUUUGGAAGAACUUAUCCAAUGGCUCAUGGGUCUUGAGAACACUCUUAUUGCUCUGAAGCGCGAAGAAUUGCCUAUGGACAUUCCAGCCACCGAACAGCUUAUUGCGGACCACAAAGAGUUUAUGGAGAAUACGCAGAAGAGGCAAGCAGAGGUCGAUAGGGUUUGUAAAGCCAAGCAGGUUAAGCCUGCAGCUGGCGUUAAAGAUCCUAAGAAGUUCGUCAAAGGCAAAGGACAAAUUCGUGGUUCUCAGCUUGACAUUCAUGAUUCCACGCAAGACAUCUACGGCGCACUUGGUCGCAAGCAAAGCUUCAAAGGCUCGAGGAAUGACCUACAAAGAGGAAGUCGCGUCAGCCUGUCUGGACGGGAUCUUCUUAGCCCGGAUCCGAACUUACCACACAUCGGUCCAAGGUUUCCACCUGCAGGAAGCGAACCAGAAUUCCGGUCACCAAGAGUCAAAUUCUUAUACGACAAAUGGCGUCACGUAUGGAUGCUAUCAUGGGAAAGACAAAGAGAAUUGUACGAUCAUCUGGCUUAUCUGAAGGAAAAGGAAAAGGCCGACAACUUCUCUUGGGACGAUUGGAGAAAACGCUUCUUGAAAUUCAUGAAUUACAAGAAGUCCAGGUUGACAGAUCUCUUUAGGAAGAUGGAUAAGGAUAACAACGAACUGAUUCCCAGAGAUGACUUCAUUGAAGGAAUCAUCAAGACCAAAUUCGACACCUCCCGCCUUGAGAUGAAACACGUAGCAGACAUGUUCGACGAGAACAACCGAGGACUGAUCGACUGGAAGAAGUUCAUAGCAGCUCUCAGACCCGAUUGGGAGGAAAAGGCGCCUGACAACGACGCCCAAAAGAUCCAUGACGAAGUCAAGCGAUUGGUUAUGUUAUGUACUUGCCGACAGAAAUUCAGAGUUUUCCAAGUAGGAGAGGGAAAAUACAGGUUUGGAGAAAGUCAGAAACUACGUCUAGUCCGUAUCCUCCGAAGUACUGUGAUGGUACGUGUAGGAGGUGGUUGGGUAGCUCUAGACGAGUUCCUACUGAAGAAUGAUCCUUGCAGAGCCAAAGGACGCACAAAUAUAGAGCUGCGCGAGCAAUUCAUCUUAGCUGACGGGGUUUCGCAAACUAUGACGGCGUUCAAGCCCAAAACGUCGGCGUCUAGUCCCACGUCUGGUUCUUCGGCAUCACGCACACCUCAGGGCCCCAUUACGAAGGUCAGAGAACGUUCCCAGCGAUCAGUGCCCAUGGGCAGCCUACCAAGAACAUCGAAAUCGUCUCUCUCAGCUGGAACCCCAGACUCUCUCUCAGAUAACGAAAGUUCUACAUUCCGUACUCCCAGGAAGCCGUCCUACAGGUCAACGUUAACUCCAGGCGGUUCAAGAAGUAAUUCUAGGCCCCAAUCCAGGACUGGAAGCAGGCCGGGCAGCAAGCCGCCGUCUAGGCACGGAUCGAACCUUUCUUUGGAUAGCACAGAUGAUGCUACUCCAUCGAGAAUACCAAGAAGGACACCAACAUCAGGAAGAAGCUCAGCUCUUUCGACGACUAAAAGCAUCAACGGUUCUGGCUCUAGGCCACGCACACCAAGCGGUUUGAUAUCUCCAGCUAGUCCCGUUGGAAGAUCGUCGGGGAUACCCAGAGCAUCGAGCAUACCCACUUUAACAGGAAUAUCCACGCCAAGGUCUCGCAUACCAAUAUAUAAAGGAAAAAGUGAAGAAUUUGACCCCGAUUCGCCCUCUACUUCAAGUUCUUGCUCCAUGACAUUUUCUUCUGGAAAAUCAUCAGCAAGCAAAACGAGAAUUCCUAAACUAAUUAGGAGUGCAAGUUCAAGCAAAGUAAAACAAGUGACUAUUGGCGUUGCCCCUUCGCUAAGGACAGCCUCUAGGACCCGGACACCUUCAGGAUCCAACACACCCGUACAUCCGGAUCAACAGACAGCAGUUUCCAAACUACUAAAACGUUCCACGGGUGGCACAGACACUCCCACAAGCCAAACUAGAAAGAAAAAGUCUUCUCUUUCCGAUCGGGAGCCUUUUAGGUUAUAAUUUAGUCUCUUAACUAUUCCAAAAAAAAAACUCACACUGACUGACAUGUUAUGUUAAGAAACUUAAAAUGUUCAUAUUUUUGUAUAAAUGUAAAAUAUUUACUGGGAUUUUUGUUCGGCAAAUGGAAUUGUUGGUUUGUCGAACAAAAGACAUGGUUGGAUUUUUUGGUAUAUACAAUUAACAGCACUCUAUACUAAACUACUUAGUAUAUUAAGCCAAAAAACACAGAAGUUAUUUAUUGUUUGUGUAAUUAAAAUGAAGAUAUUCAAAUUUAUUAAGUUGCCAUAUCUGUAAGAAAAAAUUUGGAGUGAUUAGGUAUGUUUUUAUAUUGAUUUGUGAUUUGGAGAAUCCGUUAGAAUUGUACGGAGGUUUAAUCUGUAUAUUGGCAAAAGGGACCAUUUUUUUUUAAAUUUCGUUAUUAAGGUUAUUUACUAAUUCUUCUAACCUGCUUUACCGUUUUUAUUUUUAUUAAUACCCUUUCCAAACACUGCAUACUACUUUCUUUUUUAAACACAUGAGAUGAAGUAAGAGAGUGUGAUUACCAGUAAUAGCUUGUUUACCUCUUAAAAUCGCCAGUUUAAGGGGCGAACAACCUUUAACUUAUUUAUAUGUAAUGCUUUUGUAUUAUUUAACUAUAAUUGUUAUUUAAUAAAAACUAAAUUUUAUUAUUA